UGUUUUGGUGUUUUUGAGUGAUUGCAGCAUUGUUUGUGCUUAUUCUGUCUUGUUUUACUGAGCUCGAGGAGAGCAGUGGUCAAGUGGCGUUCAAACCUUAAUCCGACUCCUGCAUAACCGCAUAACCGAACCGGAUUUACAUCAAUUUACAAACCUUAAACCGGACAAUGGCCCAAUCGCUCUCGAAUUGACCACCUGUGAUCUGCCGCCGCUCCUCCUCUCGGCUCGCUUUCCUUCGGCGUUUUUGUAUAUUUUCUUCUUCUCUGCUUGUUCUUCAUUCUUUACCUCUUCUUGCAAUGGCUCCGUCUUACGAUCCGGCGUCUUCCGUCUUGUCGACAGACCAGGCUUUGGCCUACGAGCAGCAGUACUCUGCUCACAACUACCAUCCACUGCCCGUCGUGUUUGCGCGCGCCCGAGGAGCCCACGUCUGGGAUCCUGAGGGCAAACAUUACCUCGACUUCUUAUCUGCCUACUCCGCCGUUAACCAAGGACAUUGCCAUCCCAAGAUCAUUGGUGCUCUGACCGAGCAGGCGCAGAAGGUCACCCUUAGUAGCCGCGCCUUUUCAAACGACGUGUUUCCCAAAUUCGCUCGUUACAUCACCGAGUACUUUGGAUACGAGAUGGUGCUGCCCAUGAACACCGGCGCUGAGGCCGUCGAGACCGGCUUGAAGCUGGCUCGCAAAUGGGGUUAUCUGAAAAAGAAGAUCCCAGAGUCUGAAGCAAUCAUUCUUUGUGCUGCUGACAACUUCCACGGUCGCACUCUCGGUGUGAUCUCCAUGUCUACCGACCCCGAGGCGCGCACAGAUUAUGGACCGUACCUCCAGAACGUCGGUCCAACGAUCCCUGGGACCAGCAAAGCCAUUCGGUUCGGCGUGAUUGAGGAUCUCGAAGAAGCGCUUGAAGUGGCUGGCGAUAAGGUUGCCGCGUUCUUGGUCGAGCCUAUCCAGGGUGAAGCCGGAGUUGUGGUUCCGCCCGACGACUACUUCCCGCGAGUUUCAGAGCUUUGCAAGAAGUACAACGUGCUCUUGAUCUGCGACGAGGUCCAGACCGGUAUUGCUCGAACUGGAAAAAUGCUGUGCUCUGAGCAUCAUGGAAUCAAGCCUGAUGUUGUCCUGCUUGGAAAAGCAUUGUCGGGAGGUGUCCUGCCAGUCAGUGCAGUCUUGUCCAGCAAAGAGAUCAUGCUCACGAUUGCGCCUGGUACUCACGGCUCAACUUUUGGCGGCAACCCGCUUGCUUGUGCUGUAUCGAUUGCAGCUCUGCAGGUGGUUGUCGAGGAGAACUUAGUUGAGCGAGCAGCAGUCCUGGGCGAAAAGUUCCAGAACGGCCUCAAAGCAUUGGAAGGAGGUGCAAUCAAGGAGGUUCGCGGUAAAGGUCUGCUGACAGCUAUCGUGAUUGACAACUCAAAGACCAACGGCAGAUCGGCUUGGGAUCUGUGUCUGCUGUUGAAGGAGAGGGGACUGCUGACGAAGCCGACGCACGAGAACAUCAUCCGUCUUGCCCCGCCUUUGGUGAUCUCGGAGCAGGAUCUCGAGAAUGGUGUUCAGAUCAUCAAGUCUGCUUUGGAGGAUCUUGCUACUGCGGAAAUUCCUGCGGAGAAAUUCUAAGUAAAAGUAGUGUGAUUUUGAUUCGCUCUCUCAGAACUGCGAAACGGUUUGUGAGUUGAGUGGUUAGUUUUCUUGCUUAUUG